AUGGCUUCAUCUUCUAGAAUUGGAAGCUCAAGAUUCGGAGUUCGAACCGCUCAACAGCCAAGCCAACGCCCAACAGCAACAGAUCCAAUUCCAAGUAACAAUUGGAGAUUCAAUAUGCUCAGUUACACUCGAACCAUUCUACGAAGAACUUUUCUCUCAAAUCUCAACACCAUAUCAACUCCCAUUUAUUUCAAUCACCAAAAUACAAUCUCAAUCUCAACCUCUUCAUCCUCAUCAAGCCCUAGUUUAUCAAUAUGGAGACGAAAGAAAGAAAUGGGGAAAGAAGGUUUGAUCAUUGCAAAAGAACUCAAGAGACUUCAAUCAAGUCCUCUCAGACUUGACCACUUUAUCAAGUCCCAUGUCUCUCGCCUUCUCAAAUCUGAUCUUGUUUCUGUUCUUUUUGAAUUCCAAAGACAAGACCUUGUAUUUCUCUCCAUGAAGUUAUACGAAGUGGUGCGAAAAGAGAUAUGGUAUAGACCCGACAUGUUUUUUUAUCGUGACAUGCUUAUGAUGCUAGCAAGAAAUAAAAAAGUGGAAGAAGUGAAAAAAGUAUGGGAAGAUUUAAAGAAAGAAGAGGUACACUUUGAUCAACAUACAUUUGGGGAUAUUAUUAGGGCUUUUUUAGAUAGUAGAUUGCCAUUAGAGGCAAUGUUUAUAUAUGAGGAAAUGAGAAAAGCUCCGGACCCUCCAUUGUCAUUGCCUUAUCGCGUGAUCUUGAAAGGGCUUUUACCGUAUCCGGAAUUGAGAGAAAAGGUGAAGGAUGAUUUUUUGGAACUUUUUCCGGGUAUGAUUAUUUAUGAUCCACCCGAAGGUUUGUUUGAAGAGUGUUCUGAUUCCAACUAAAAUAGGUAAUGUGGUUUCUUGAUUUUGAUAAAAAUAAUUAUAAUGAAAGUUUGUUGAUGAAUUUGAGAAGUGUUAGGUAGUGUGUGGUAUGAUGGAAUUGGAUACGGAAUGGAAUGGUUGAUUCCAUUGGAAUGAAAAAAGAAAAAUUGUUUUGUUGAUAGAAUGGAAU